AUGAGCCAGUAUGCAUCCCAGUACCAGAACUACAUGCAGGGCGCAUCUGGCAACGGCGGUGAUGGCUACCAGAAGUACUACAAGAAGUACAUGGCACAGUAUGGCUCUGAUUCUGCUGGCGGGUAUGACAAGUACAUGUCGAAGUAUGCCGGCGACUAUGCCAGCAAGUACAUGCCGUCUGAGUCUUCUGGUUCGACGGACGAGUCUUCUCGAGACGGAAAGAAGCCAGUAAGCUUCAUUGCAGCAGAGGACGCUGACACCUCCCGGCAGUCGAGCAAAGACUCCGCACACCAAUCUGAGCAUGCAGCUGACAAGAGUGGAUUCCAGAAGUACAUGGACUACGCCAAACACACUCAGGGUCACGGCUCAGAGGGGGCAGACUACAAGCAGUACAUGGACUACUCCAAGUACACUCAAGGGCACGGCUCGCAGGGCUCGGAUUACAAGCAGUAUAUGCAGUCCUACGGCGGGGACUAUAGCAAAUACACGCAGGGGCACGGCUCGCAG